GAAUCAAGUGGGAGUAACACAACUCUUCCAUUCCAAUUCAAGCAUACACCUAUUUCCUAUAUCCUAUGUCCCCUAUACAACCAAAUCCCAGAUAUAGAUAACACUUUGCCAUCCCGCUUAUAUCGGCUCGUGUUUACCAAUGUCACAUUAUUUUACCCCUGUUUUAAACAUACCGCAACCCUCCUCUUUUAUCCAAACUCGCAAUGGAUAGGUUGAUUCAGCAUCAAUUAAGGGCAAUGUACUGUUACAAAAAUUUCCGACAGCAAAAUAAAACACCCUUCAGAGACCCCAAAAGAGGAAAGAGAAAUUAAAGGGUUUGAUUGGAAGAUUAGAUUAGUUGGUCCCGCGCUUUUCGUAGACUUCACUUGAACUUAACAUCCUAAUUUACUUUUCUCACAAAAAAAUAAACAAAACCUUUGAGUUUUCUCUCCUAUAAAUGAGGAAAUUCAAACGUUUAUGCUUCCCACGUCGAUUCCAGAACUCCAGAAUCAAACAUCAUCUGGAAUUCAAAGAAAAUAUGGAAAACCCACAAAAGAGCAACAGUUGUAGCAGCACUGAUGUUGCUGAUGAGAAAAGGUUAGAAAGUAUGGGCGGUACAAGCAGUAACCUUGCAGAAAAUAUUAUACUGAGCCAUGAUUUCACCCAAAGCCUGAACUCUUGGUGCCCUAAUGGUUGUGAAGCAUUGAUAGUGGUACCUGAGUCAGGAUAUACUGAAAGAACAUCAGAAAGUUAUGCUUUGAUUACAAAUAGGAAAGAGUGCUGGCAAGGAUUGGAGCAAGAUAUAACAAGUAGAGUUUCUCUAGGUACAACAUAUAGAGUUUCUGCUUGUGUUGGAGUAUCUGGAAGUCGUGAGUCGUCUACUGUUCAAGCCACACUGAAGCUAGAGUAUAACAAAUCGGACACCAAAUAUUUGUUCAUUGAAAAGAUUCCAGUAUCAAAGGGAAAAUGGGAAAAGUUGGAAGGGACUUUUAAGCUCUCAUCAAUGCCUGAUCAUGUUGUGUUCUAUCUAGAAGGGCCUCACCCUAGUGAAGACCUGCUCAUCAAAUCCGUGGUCAUUUCUUGUUCCAGCCCCACGAUGAACGGAAAUAUGGGUGAUACAAGGGCUGACUUUCCUGAAAACAUUAUUCAAAAUCACAACUUUUCACAAGGCUUGGAUUUGUGGCACCCCAAUUCUUGUGAUGCAUCUGUAGUGUCACCUGAGUCUGGUGAUACUGAAGGAAUGUCAACAAAAUUGAUUGGUGGCUAUGCAAGAGUUAUAAAUAGGAAGGAGUGCUGGCAUGGAUUGGAACAAGAUAUAACGAGCCUCGUCUCUCCGGGAUGUACUUAUAAAAUUUCUGCACAAGUUAGUGUCUCGGGAACUCAAUCUUCUAACAUUCAAGCCACGGUUAGAUUAGAGUUCAAAGAAUCUGACACCAAGUAUCUAAAAAUUGAAAGGAUAUCAGCAUCAAAUAAGAAAUGGGAAACCCUGGAAGGAACUUUCGUGCUUGAAACAGCUCCUAAUCGAGUUGUGUUCUAUCUUGAAGGACCUAACCCUGGCAUAGACUUGCUUGUAAAAUCAGUAACAAUGUCCUGUUUGAACCCCAUGAAUGUGAGUAGAUGUGGGGAUGAUGAAGAUGAGGAUAUAAUUCUAAAUCCUGCAUUUGAAGAUGGACUCAAUAACUGGUCAGGAAGGGGAUGUAAAAUUGUGUUACACGACUCUAUGGCAGAUGGUAAGAUUAAACCACAGUCUGGCAAGGCUUUUGCUGCAGCAACAGAACGCACCCAAUUUUGGAACGGAAUUCAACAGGAUAUUACACCAAGAGUCAAGAGAAAGUUAGCUUACGAGGUUACUGCUGUUGUUCGGAUUUAUGGUAACGUUUCUAGUGCUGAUGUCCGAGCUACACUAUGGGUUCAGACACCAGAUAAGCGUGAGCAGUACAUAGGCAUCUCAAAUGUGCAGGCAACAGACAAAGAUUGGGCUCAGCUCCAAGGAAAAUUUCUUAUUAAUGGCUCUCCAUCAAGUGUAGUUGUCUAUUUGGAAGGACCGCCUCCUGGUACUGACAUCCUCCUUAACAGUUUUAUCGUAAAACAUGCACCCAAAACUCCACCAUCUCUACCACCAACAAUUCAGAAUGCUUCUUUUGGAGUGAAUAUUAUCCAAAACAGCGAACUUAGUGAUGGUACCAAUGGCUGGUUUCCUCUUGGCAAUUGCACACUAAGUGUGCGAAGUGGUUCACCGCAUAUCCUUCCUCCAAUGGCUGCUGAUUCUUUAGGACCUCAUGAGCCACUAAGUGGUCGUUACAUCCUCGUUACAAAUCGUACACAAAACUGGAUGGGUCCUGCUCAGAUGAUUACUGACAAGCUGGAGCUUUUUCUUACAUAUCAGGUUUCUGCUUGGGUUAAGAUUGGAUCUACUGCUUCUGGACCACAAAAUGUCAACAUUGCACUGAGUGUGGAUGGUCAGUGGGUGAAUGGGGGCCAGGUUGAGAUCAGUGAUGACAGAUGGCAUGAAGUUGGUGGUUCUUUUAGGAUUGAGAAGCAACCAUCAAAGGUCAUGGUUUAUAUUCAGGGGCCUGUGUCUGGAGUUGACUUAAUGCUUGGAAGUCUUCAGAUUUUCGCUGUUGAUCGACAAGCUAGAUUCAAACAAUUGAGAAGGCAAACUGAUAAGAUACGUAAACGUGAAGUAGUCUUGAAAUUCUCGGGAGACAGCACAUUUGGCAACUUUGUGAAAGUCAGACAAACAAAGAACAGCUUCCCCUUUGGUUCCUGCAUGAGCAGGACGAACAUAGACAACGAAGACUUUGUGUCCUUCUUCCUGGAAAACUUCAACUGGGCAGUGUUUGGAAAUGAACUUAAGUGGUAUUGGACUGAAGCACAACAAGGGAAUCUUAACUACAAGGAUGCUGAUGAAAUGUUAGAUUUAUGCCAAAAGAACAACAUUGAAGCUCGAGGGCAUUGCAUCUUCUGGGAAGUAGAGGGAACAGUUCAGUCAUGGGUAAAGUCCCUUAGUAAAAACGAUCUAAUGACAGCUGUCCAAAACCGCCUUACAAGUCUCCUCACUCGUUACAAGGGGAAGUUCCGGCACUAUGAUGUCAAUAAUGAGAUGUUGCAUGGAUCAUUUUACCAGGAUCAUCUAGGUAAAGACAUUAGAGCUAACAUGUUUAAGACAGCAAACAAACUAGACCCAUCUGCCCUUUUAUUUGUCAAUGACUACCAUGUAGAAGAUGGGAAUGAUCCAAGAUCAAGUUCCGAGAGAUACAUUGAGCAAGUGUUAAAUUUGCAAGAGCAAGGUGCACCAGUAGGAGGUGUGGGAAUUCAAGGACAUAUUGAUAGUCCUGUUGGUUCAAUUGUCUGUUCUGCCCUUGAUAAGCUGGGCAUUCUCGGCCUUCCAAUAUGGUUCACAGAGCUUGAUGUAUCUUCAGUUAACGAGUUUAUAAGAGCAGAUGAUUUGGAAGUCAUGCUUCGGGAGGCCUUUGCUCAUCCAGCAGUGGAAGGAGUUAUGUUAUGGGGGUUCUGGGAACUUUUUAUGAGCAGGGAGAACUCACACCUUGUAAAUGCUGAAGGUGAUAUCAAUGAAGCAGGUAAGAGGUAUCUCAAGCUCAAGCGUGAAUGGCUGACUCGAGCUCAUGGUCAUAUUGAUGAUGAAGGACAGUUUAGCUUUACAGGCUUCCAUGGGACUUAUGAAGUGGAUAUUGUUUGUUUUGAUAAGAAAGUUACCAAAACAUUUGUGGUUGACAAGGGUGAUUCACCUCUGGUGUUACCUAUCAAUUUGUGAACUACUUAAUGUCUGAAGAUUGCUGGAAUUGUAUCAAAUAUCAAGGAAGAAUGGCAAGAUUAAGAACUAAGGCUUAAUACUCAUUUGUAAGCUGAUUUCUUGUUAUUACAGAGGUUUUAUCAUUGUUUUCAUUACUUUUCAAAUCUUAUCUCCCAACAACAACCAAAAAAAAAAAAGAAAAAAAGAAAAUCAAAGUAAGGUGUUGCAAGUAAUCAAAUCAAUAAAGUAAUGUUAUUAUUGUGGGUGAAUUCAA